UAAAAAAAUAAAUAAAAAAAAAAUCUUUUCGGUUAUCAAUUUCAGAUUUUCCCAGCAACAAUUCUUGGAAACCACAUGCUGUGUUUGGGGAAUGGGGAUAUUGUAGUGUGUAAGUAACUGUGUAUGUCUAUGGAGUCAAUGGCGGCCGGCCGGCGGUGUUCCACAAUUUUAACGCACUUUUAUCUUCCUCGGAAUUGUCUGGCCGACACGGUUUUGAUUGUUUAUCAGAAACAAUGAUAAUUUUGUCGUUGACUAACGACCCAACCGCCAUUUUAAUGUUGUGUUUCCACCUCCCUUAACCCAUUUUCUCCGGCGACUAGCGGUUUAACUGCUCCGGCGAAACCGUGCAAAUGGGGCUAAUGACUCAUUCAUCCUCCUUCCUCCUCCCGACCGUUCCCGCCGCCGCCGACAACGGCCCUGCUCCCACGUACGCGCUUGUCGUCCUCAACCAAAGCCUCCCUCGAUUCACUCAUUUGUUAUGGAAGCACGCUCGGCUUCGUGUUUGCGCUGACGGGGGUGCAAAUAGGGUGUUUGAUGAAUUGCCGCAGUUGUUUCCCGAUGAAGAUGCCUCUGAUGUUCGUAAAAGGUACACACCUGAUGUCAUAAAAGGGGAUCUGGACUCGAUCCGAAGUGAAGUUCAAGAGUUUUAUACUGGCCUUGGAUCGAAGGUUGUUGAUGAAUCUCAUGAUCAGGACACCACUGAUAUGCAUAAAUGCAUUGCUUACAUUCGCGACUUACCUGAACUGGAAACCCCGAAUUUAUGCAUUCUUGUUGUUGGAGCACUUGGUGGAAGGUUUGAUCAUGAGAUGGGAAACAUCAACGCCCUCUGUCAUUUCGCAACCACGCGAAUAAUUCUCCUGUCCGAUGAUUGCCUCGUCCAACUUCUUCCAAAAACCCAUCAUCACGAGAUCCAUAUCCACCACUCUGUCGAAGGCCCACACUGCGGCCUCAUUCCCAUUGGAUCGCCUUCCGGGAGCACCACAACCACUGGGCUCAAGUGGAAUCUAGAUAAUACUGAAAUGAGGUUUGGAGGUUUAGUCAGCACAUCAAAUAUUGUCCAAGAAUCAGUGGUAACAGUGCAAUCUGACACUGAUCUUCUCUGGACAAUCUCUCUCAAAAAGGCAUGAGGUAUAGUAUCUAUACCAUAGAAAUGGCAACAUCUUAUUAGUUUUGCUGUAGAAAUUACUAGAGAUGCAACAUAUUUGUCACAGGUUUCUUGUCCUUUGGGUUUGUUCUUGAUUUUGGUUGUUGAUUUGCAGUAGUAUUUAGUAUGCCACAAAUCAUAGUAAAAGAAAGAAAUUGUUAAAUCUCCUGUAAUAAAUUAAUUGUUAUUACAUAUUACAAUUCCGUGCAACGGGCUUGAAUGAGAACGUGCUAUCAAGAAUCAAA